AUGGUGCUGACGCGAGCCCAGCGCGCCGCCGCCGCGGGCGCCAGCGCGGCGGCGCGCCGGCGCGCCCCGAAGAACAAGUCUCCGCAGCGGCCGGCGCGUGGCGCGCAGGCGGAAGAGGUCGAGCGCGUCGCGCCGGCCGCGGACAGGCAGCCGCCCCCUCCGAAGAAAGGCGAGGCGGGAAGAAAGCAGCCCGCCGCGCGCGCGAGAGCGCCUCUGAGGACUCCGCGCGCGCGAGGCAGCGCAGACGAAGGCGCGAAGGACGCGGCGGUGCAGAAGGUGAAGGCCCAGAGGCGAAAAGCGAAUCUGGAGGGACAGCUGCAGGAGGACGAGAACGGCGCCUCGCAGAGUGGCGGCCCGGAGAGAAGGGAUGACGAAGCAGACGGCGGCGUGGCGUCUCCCUCAAGCAACUUCUGGUCUAUGUUCUCGUCGGGCGUGCCUUCCAAGGUCGCGGCGAGCAGCGACGUCGCCAAGCUCAACAUGAAUCCGCCGUCCUCUCCGCGCUGGGACUCCUCCCUUUCCACGCGAGCCACCCUUGGGGGGUCCUCCUGGCGCGGCUCGCCGUCGGCGUCUUUUGGCCUGGGCGAAGCACGCUCCCGCGGAAGAGACAGCCGAGGCGCAGACGACAGCCCCUCCGCGGGCGAUGACGCCGCUGCGCGUACCCUCCGACCGCGUCUCCUCGCCUCGUCGUCCUCCUCUCUUCUCCCGCAGGCGCAGGGCGCAGGGCUUCCCGGUGCCGCUCUGUCGUCUGCAUGCCUCUCGAGCUGGCGCCGCACCGCGUCACUCUUCUCUACUUCCUUCUUUUCCGCUUCGCUCUUCUCCGCGUCGCGCUUUCCGUCCUCGGCCGCCGCGGCGAUUGCGCGCAUCCAGUUCCAGCAGCUCUUAGUGACUUUCCUCUGCUACGCGUCGCUCUACUUGACGCGCAAGCCGUUUGCGUCCGCGCGCGCGUUGCUUCAGCACGAGCUUGGCGUCACCACAGCCGACAUGGGCUACAUUGACACCGCCUUCCUCCUCAUGUACGCCAUCACGCAGCUCUUUCUGGCGGCGCCCGCCGCGGCACGGUUCGCCGACGCCCUCAAGCUCUUCUUCGUUCUCGUCUACUCCCUCUCCAGCUUCUCCUGUCUCUUCGUCGCCCUCGCGCCGCUCCCUCUCCUUCGCCUCCCCCUUCUCCUCGGCCUCUGGGCGCUGAACGGCGCGACGCAGGCCCUCGUCUUCCCCUUCACUGUCUCGAUUCUGCGGCAGUGGCUGAAUCGCCUCCCCGGAGGCGGCGGCGGCGUCUUCGGGCUCUGGUCGACUUGUCAGCAAGUCGGGAGCAUGGGCGCGUCGUAUCUGACGGCUGAGAUUCUCUCCUCGCUCUCCUCUUCUCCGCUGCUCUAUCUGCUCCCCGAGCCGCGGGCGGCCUGGCGCCUCACGUUUCUCAUUCCCGCAGUGUUUGUCUUCCUCGCCGGCCUCCUCCUCUCCGGCUGCUUGGUAGAGCAGCCGGCCGCCCUGAUCGCGCAGCUGGAGCGCGAAGAACAAAACCGCGCGCUCGCCGCGGAGGAGUCCAGCCCGCUCCCGCGCGCCUCAUCAGGCGAGACGGCUAGACCCUCAACAGGCGUUUGCGAAGCGGCCAAACCGGCAGUCAGGUCGCGCGGCGUCAUUUCCCGCAGCACGCCGCGAGGAGGAAGCGCCUCGGCAGGGCAGCUGCUGUGGCGCGCAGCCAAAGUGCCCGGCGUCGGGGAGUCCGCGGCCGCGUACUUUUGUAUGAAACUCGUUCGCUACCUUCUCAUCAACUGGCUUCCGCUCUUCCUUCAAGCGCAUCUUCUCCUCUCGCCUAUGCAAGCUACGCUAGGGGCGAUUCUAUUCGAGGCCGGCGGGGUCGCAGGGGCCGUCCUUGUCGGUUUCCUCUCCGACCGUCUCUUCGCGGGGCGCCGCUUCGUCGUCGUCGCUCCGCUGUGCGUGCUCGCGGCAGGCUGUGCGUGGCUGCUGUCUUGCGGCGAUGGAAGCGACGCGAAGGCCGAGGCGCUCGGCGAGCUCUCGCUUCGUCUCCGCGGCCUCCUCUUCCUCCUCGGCGCCUGCGUCGCAGGCCCAGACAGUGUGCUGGGGGGCAUGGGCGCCGCCGAGAUAUGCGCAGAGGCGCUCGCGACGCGGCCGCAGAAGACGCAGCGCAGGGCGGACACGCCGAAAGACGCGCGAGGCGAGGAGGAAGAAGAGAACCGCGAUGAGGCGGUGGACACGAGCGCAGAAACAGACACGGCAAGCAAGGCAGCAGGCGAAACCGAGCAAGGAACGCAGCAGCUGAUUGCGACAGCGUCGUGCUUUGUCAACGGCAGCGGCAGCGUCGGCUCGAUUCUGCAGGGAACGCUCACUCCUCUGAUCAUUUCUCUUUACGGGUGGCAUGGCGUCGUUCUGGCCCUGAGUAGCUUCUGCGGAGGCGCGGCGGUCGCGCUUCUUCCUCUUCUCGCGCGGGACAUCUCGAAGGCAAGAAAUCGUCCACAAGAACUGCUUUGA